AUGAAGGUUAGUCUCAAAUCAACUCAAGAAAUUGAUGAUGCAAUAAAUAAGUUAACAAGCAUAAUUCAAUCUGCAGCUUGGGAGGCUACACCUCCUGAAAUGCAGUUUUUAAAUAAUUCCUUUUCAAUUCCAGAACAUAUUCACAUCCUGAUAGCUAAUAAACGCAGAGCUAGGGCCCUGUAUCAACACUCUCGCCUUCCAUCACAUAAACAAAACUUUAUUAGUCUGGCUAACUCUUUUAAAAAAAUACUAGCUAAACACAAAAAUCAUAUUCAA